AUGGCAGAUUCUACGCCACUUGCUCUGUCGCACCUGCCAUCCGAAGAUCACGCUCCUUCCGUCCCAUCACCACUGAACCCAUCCACCGCACGAGCACCAGCACCGACACCAGUACAACGCGAGCAGAGAGAGAAGAAGGAGUCGUUGAAGAAGCGCGAGAGCAAUAAUAAUAACAAUAAUAAUGUCAACGGCACCUCGUCCAGCUCAAACCUCGGCAAGCGGAAAGCCAACAGCAAUAAUGCCUACUCAUCACCCCAACGCUUCAAUGUCCCACCCCCGCGAUCCCAGGACUUCGAGGCGCCAAAGGAGGACAUCAUGAUCUCGCACGAGCCAGUGCCCUUUGACAUGCCGGAUGGAGAACGGCAGCUAUACAAACCCAUCGACUUGGCGGAGAAUAAACGCUGGUAUCGAUAUGGUCGUGCCAUUGCAGACCCGCUCUUUCCUCAUAAGCAGUUCUAUCGCAGCACCUCACCCCCACCCCACUAUGCACGUCUCAGCUUCGAGGAUGCCGACAAGUGGAUGCACUUCACCACCAACGCCCUCAUCACGACCAAUGAAAAGGGCUGGAGGAUGGUGCGGAGUAAUGUCUGCGCCAGGGAAGGAACGCUCUACUACGAGAUCAAAGUGCAUCGGGGCGUGCCUGCCUCGGGACCAGAGGCCGACGCACCUGGGCCCCAACCUCACCUUCGCUUUGGCUUUGCUCGACGAGAAGCUCCCCUCGACGCGCCUGUAGGUUUUGAUGGGUACAGCUACGGAUUAACAGACAUCCGCUUCGACACCAUCCACCGCAGUCGUCCAGGCAAAUUCUUCCAUCCCAAGAAAGCAAAGGGCAAAGGCAGCAAAACACUCGCCACCGCAGGCCCCACCCCCGUCGUCCUCGCUCCAGAAGACCAGCACGUCAAAGAAGGCGACGUGAUAGGUGUAGAACUGCAACUCCCCUCCCUCACCCUCCACCAAAAGAUCGUCUCCGGAGUCUACAACCCCGCGGUAGAUAUAGGCGAUGGCUUUGAUCACCCAGCCUGGUCCUCCGACCCUUCCGGCGCGGAAGCAGUGGCGGAUGUAAUCCGCGAUCGAAUCCCAGUGGCCUACAAAGGCAACUCCUACUUCGAAAUCCUGGACCUGGUGAGUACGAAAACAAUGGAAGUCUACUCGGACCGCCAGACCAACCUCUCCAACCUCACCAACAACCUGACCAACCAAGCCACGACGAGCAAAGACGUGAUCAAGACUGCACCAAACCCCAACCACGAAGACGCAUCUUUACGCACCCUCCCUCAUUCCGCAAUCCGCGUCUACAAAAACGGGAAACUCCUAGGAACAGCCUUUGAAAACCUCCUCUCCUUCCUCCCUCCUGCCUCUACCCCAAGCAAAACCAUGGGUGCACGGGAAGGUUUCGACGACGGCAUGAUUGGUUAUUUCCCCGCCAUCUCCUGUUUCUGGGGCGGCAUAGCCGAAGUCAAUUUCGGGGACAGCAAGGAAGGGUUUUGGUGUCCGCCGGCUCAUCUUGCUGCGCCUACCAACCCUGCUGGGAGUAAGGAAGUACAGAUGGGUGGGUGUGGUGGUGGUGAGAGUGGGGAGAUUAAGAAGGGCUGGCAGCCGGGGAGACGGGCGAGGGGGGCGGGGGAGAGGUAUCGGGAGCAGGUUGCUGAGGAUGUGGUGUUUGAUCUUGUUGAUGAGGUGGAUUUUUUCGUGUUGGAUGGCGGCGAGGUGCCGGCUUCGGAUGGGAAUGGGAAUGGGAAUGGGAAUGGGCAUGAGAGGGGUAAGGGGAGGUUGAAGGAGGAGGAUUGA